UUAUCUUCUUCAUCUCACUCAAAUUCCACUCAUAAAAAAAUCUCACAAAAGAAAAAUGCCGUUCGAGAUAUGUGUGAAGGCGGCCGCCGGUGAACCUGAUCUUCUCGGAGAUUGUCCGUUUUGUCAGAAAGCUCUGUUGACUCUGGAAGAGAAGAAGAUUCCGUACACUUAUAAAUUGGUCAAUCUCAGUGACAAGCCACAGUGGUUUUUGCAGGUUUGCCCUGAAGGGAAGGUGCCUGCUCUCAAAUGUGAUGAUGACAAAUUUGUGCUAGACUCUGAUGUCAUUGUUGGGCUUCUGGAGGAGAAAUAUCCUGAGCCAUCUCUGGUUACUCCUCCUGAAUUUGCUUCUGUAGGUUCAGGCAUCUUCUCUGCUUUUCUCAAAUUCUUGAAGAGCAAGGAUCCAAAUGACGGAUCAGAACAGGCUUUGGUCGCGGAAUUGAAGGCAUUUGAUGAGCAUUUGAAAGCACAUGGUCCAUUCAUUGCCGCAGAAAAGGUCACCGCUGCUGAUUUGAGCUUGACUCCAAAGCUGUACCAUCUUGACAUUGCUCUUGGCCAUUUUAAGAAGUGGUUUGUCCCAGAAGACUUGAUUUGUGUCAACGACUAUAUGAGGAUGAUGUUCUCUCGAGAAUCUUUCGUGAAGACCAAAGCUGCAAAGGAACAUGUAAUUGCAGGCUGGGCGCCCAAGGUCGCAUAAACGGGUUCCAGGUUAUGAGUUCUGCAAACUCUAGCUAUGAAAUGUAAAUGUAUUGAGAAGUGUGUGUGUAUGACAUUCAAAACCAAGCUGGUUCUAUCCUCUGUAAUAAAAUGUCAUAUAAGAAUCUAUUUGUAGUGGUUUUUGCUAUUAAUGAGUAAUGGCUGGUUUCUCUAAA